GUCAGCUGGCUCCUGCAUCUGAAGGCAGGAGAGCCUCUCCCAUUGGGAGACAUCACCAUCACCGCCCGAGCCUGGCCAUCGCCCGCCCGCAGGAAGGAAGGGGAAUAAAACAUGGAGGACACGGUGUUAUUAUAGUGGCGGAUCGGGCGUCAGCGGGGAUCGGGAGAUUAUUUAUUAACAUAUUUAUUUAUUUAUUUAUUUCCCUUGUCAGAAAUGGCCGGGGUCCAUGGCUGCGGCUGCUGAGAGGCAGGUGCAAUAUCAUCGACAUUUCGUUUCUCGGCAUGGGCUCAACGAGGGCCGAUCUACAGGCUGCUCUACACGCCCUCUGCUCCCCGGAUACCACGCUGUCUGCGGGGGGAGAGGAAUAGCUGGGCCGCGUCUGGAGGUGUGGAUGAGGGGGGCCUCUUUACAUCAACAUAUUAGAGCCAGUAAUUUCAAGGUUAUGCGCCGUUACACACAGCAACAGCCAGGCUUCCUUCAGUGAAUCAGUGCAUGCUGCAACAUGACAUAGGGUUGGUGGGCUUUAUUUUAAAGAAACACUGAUUGAAUCCACCUUUUUCUGCAUAAGAGGAACCAAAACCUUUUGACAGGCCUGAAAAAACUGUUGAGCCUCCUCAUCUGGAAAACAGAAGCCGGUUCCAGCUGCCAAGAUGAUGGAGCUACAGAUAGACGAGGUGGUGUACCAGGACGACUACGGCUCCGGGUCCGUGAUGUCGGAACGGGUGUCGGGCCUGGCCAACAGCAUCUACCGGGAGUUUGAGAGGUUGAUCCGCAGCUAUGACGAGGAGGUGGUGAAGGAGCUGAUGCCGCUGGUGGUGAACGUCCUGGAGAACCUGGACGGGGUGCUGACGGAGAACCAGGAGCAUGAGGUGGAGCUGGAGCUGCUGAAGGAGGACAAUGAGCAGCUCAUCACACAGUACGAGAGGGAGAAAGCGCUGAGGAAACAGGCGGAGGAGAAAUUCAUUGAAUUUGAGGAUGCGUUGGAAGCUGAGAAGAAGGAUCUGCAGGUGCAGGUGGAGUUUCUGGAGCUGCAGUCCAAACAGCAGGAGCUCAAAUCAAAGAACUACUCCGACCAGAUCGUGCGGUUGGAGGAGCGAGAAUCAGACAUGAAGAAAGAGUACAACGCUCUGCACCAGCGCCACACUGAGAUGAUCCAGACAUACGUCGAGCACAUAGAGCGGUCCAAAAUGCAGCAGGCGGGGAGCAACAGCCAAUCAGAAGGCACGGGCUGUGGACGAAUUCAACGCCACACAUGGAGGAAAAGCAGCAAAGCGGAGCGCCCGCCUUCAUUGAGCCUGUACCCCAGCGGCGAGGGAAUGGAGGACGGAUCAGAGUCCGACUCGGUGGCAGCGACACCCAGCAGCACAGGGAGCAAGUCCAACACCCCCACCUCCACCGUCCCCUCGGCCACCGUCACCCCCAUCAACGAGGGCUUCGUUCCGCAGGCGGAGUUCGAUGCGAUGCGAGCUGGGAACCGCAGGAAAGGUGCGAAGCGGCUCAGCAGGAACAUGGAGGUGCAGGUUUCUCAGGAGACCAGGAACGUCAGCAUCGGCAUGGGAAGCAGCGAUGAGUGGUCCGAGUUUCAGGAGAUCAUCGAUUCGACCCCUGAGCUGGACAUGUGUGUGGACCCCCGUGUGUACGGAGGAGGAAACAGCCCCUCCCAGGGCAUCGUGAACGAGGCCUUCGGCAUCAACACCGACUCUCUCUACCACGAGAUCAAAGACGCCAAAUCAGACAUCAUCGGAGACGUAGACGCAGGCGCCGAGCUGCUAGGCGAGUUCUCAGUCCGCGAUGAUUUCUUCGGGAUGGGUAAAGAGGUGGAAAACCUGCUGACAGAGAACAAACAGCUCCUAGAGACCAAAAAUGCUCUCAACAUUGUGAAAAAUGACCUUAUUGCCAAAGUGGACGAGCUGUCGGGGGAGCAUGAGGUGCUGAGGGAGGAGGUGGAGGCUCUGAGGCAGUCCAAGAACAAAGUGGAGGCCAGAGUCAAGGAGCUGGAGGAGGAGCUCAGGAGGUUAAGAGCAGAGGCUCUCGGUGCGUCUCGGGACUCAAAGGAUGAAGCAGGCGAUGACUUUUCAUCGCCCAUGCAGGACGGAGACAUGACGAUGACGCAGCGGCGGAGGUUCACCCGGGUGGAGAUGGCCCGAGUUCUGAUGGAGAGGAACCAGUACAAAGAGAGGCUGAUGGAGCUGCAGGAGGCCGUGCGGUGGACCGAGAUGAUCAGGGCGUCCAGAGAAAGUCCUCAAAUGUCAGAGAAAAAGAAGUCCACCAUCUGGCAGUUCUUCGCCCGUCUCUUCAGCACGUCGUCCAGCCCUCCGCCCGUCAAGCGGCCGUACUACAGCGUCAACAUCCACUACAAGUCUCCCUCGCCCGCCAGCUUCUCUCAACGCCGCAGCCACACCAUGUGCCAGAUCUCCACCUCCAACCGCACUCUGGAGUUCUUCCCCGAAGAACUGGCCAGUAACGGUGUUGCGUCUCUCCUCAGCGACUCGGCACUGUUGGCCCGCCGAGAGCAGCGGCGUGAACAGUACCGGCAGGUCCGCGAGCACAUGAGGCGCGACGACGGCAUCAUGCAGGCGUGUGGCUGGAGCGUGCCGUCUCGCUUCAAACAGCCUGGAGCUCUGCCAGAAACCGCUCAGGACAGCCCGCUGAAGAGACAACAGCCGCCAACCGAGAAGGAGGACAACCGCAUGAAGAACGUUCCCGUCCCGGUGUACUGCCGUCCUCUCGUAGAGAAAGACCCCAACAGGAAGUUGUGGUGUGCAGCAGGUGUGGACCUGACGGGAUGGAGGGCCAGCUGCCAGGAGUCGGAGUUAGCCAAAGCUCCGUCGGGGGGCAGCGACCCUCUGCAUGCUGAGGAGAACGGAGGAGGCAGGAAGAGCAGCCACACCUCCCCAGAGAAGAGGAUGUCGAAGGAGCUGCAGGAGACGGACACCAUGAGCAGCAGAGUGUGGAUCCUCACCAGCACCCACUCUGCCAGUAAGGUGGUCAUCAUCGACGCCAACCAGCCCGGCUCGCUGGUCGAUCAGUUCAACGUCUGCAACGCCCAUGUGCUCUGCAUCUCCAGCGUGCCAGCUGCCAGUGAGAACGACUACCCCCCCGGAGAGAUCGUGUUGGACCCCGGUGACGGGGGGGUCGGGGGGGCGGGCGAUGACUCGGGCGGCGUGGAGGGCAUGCUGGCCGGCAUCACGCUGGUCGGCUGCGCCACCAACUGCAGCGUUGCCCGUAGCAACUGCUCCUCACGCACUGACACGCCCAUCAUGGACAAAGGACAAGCCCCCACCGCCCCCCCCAUGAAUGGUAAGAUCCACCCCGCCCAGUCGGCUGAGGAGGCGACGGAGGCCACCGAGGUCCCCGAGUCCACGGCGAGCCACGGAGAGCUGAGGUCGGGACCCCCGGGACCCUUCACUGAGCACGUCUUCACCGACCCCCCGCCCCGCCUCUCAGACGCCUCGGACAGGAGCUCAGGUCAAUCCAAAGAGGAAUCUUCCCAGCCUUCAGAGUCUGAAGACGGGGGUGAAGACACCAGGAACUACGCCAGCGUGGCUCCCACCAUGUGGCUCGGGGCCCAGAACGGCUGGCUCUACGUCCACUCAGCGGUUGGAAACUGGAAGAAGUGCCUUCACUCCAUCAAACUCAAAGACUCUGUGCUCAGCCUGGUACAUGUGAAAGGUCGUGUGCUGGUCGCCCUCGCUGACGGGACCCUCGCCAUAUUCCACAGAUCAGAGGAUGGCCAGUGGGAUCUGUCGAACUACCACCUGAUGGACCUGGGUCGGCCUCAUCACUCCAUCCGCUGCAUGGCUGUGGUCCACGAUAAGGUUUGGUGCGGAUACAAGAACAAGAUCCACGUCAUCCAGCCCAAGAGCAUGCAGAUCGAGAAGUCCUUCGACGCCCACCCUCGCAGGGAGAGUCAGGUGCGGCAGCUGGCCUGGAUCGGAGACGGUGUUUGGGUCUCGAUCCGCCUCGACUCCACGCUGCGUCUCUACCACGCACACACACACCAACACCUGCAGGACGUGGACAUCGAGCCGUACGUCAGCAAGAUGCUGGGUACUGGCAAACUGGGCUUCUCUUUUGUCCGCAUCACGGCACUUCUGAUUGGUGGAAAUCGUCUCUGGGUAGGAACUGGAAACGGCGUGAUCAUCUCCAUCCCACUGACGGAGACGGUGGUCCUUCACCGGGGACAGCUCCUUGGUUUGAGGGCCAAUAAGGUGUCUCCUACGUCGUCCAGCGGGGUGAUCCAUGUGUACGGAGACGACGGCUCUGAGAAAAGCUCCGGCAGCUUCAUCCCGUACUGCUCCAUGGCUCAAGCCCAGCUGUGUUUCCAUGGACACCGCGAUGCUGUCAAGUUCUUCGUCUCUGUGCCCGGUAAUGUCCUGGCCACGCUGAACGGCAGCGUGCUGGACAGCCCGUCGGAGGGUCAGGGGUCAACAGCGCCCGCAGAGACGGAGACUCAGAGCGUUCACAACGUGCUGGUGCUGAGCGGAGGAGAGGGAUACAUCGACUUCCGCAUAGGUGACGGGGAGGACGAUGAGACGGAGGAAGGAGACGCUGCUGUUGCCGUGGCUACUGGAGCCUCGCAGGUCAAACCGGCUCUGUGUAAAGCUGAGCGCAGCCACAUCAUCGUGUGGCAGGUGUCCUACAUCCCUGAGUGACACACACACACACACACACACACACACACACACACACACACACACACACACACACACACACACACACACACACACACACACACACACACACACACUCUCCUCCUUAAAGAAACCUCCUCCUGCCCCCUAAAGCUUCCAGCCACCCUUGUAAUUAUCCCAUGUCAUGUAAAAGUCCCCCUUUGGCUCUAAAACGACCCUCCAAGCCGUGUAUUGUAACUAUUAUCUCCCCUCCUGCCCCGUUCACCUUGUAACUUUAAUGCCUUGUAAGUACCUCCUCUGAUCUAGUAAUCUGCCUGUUUCUACCCCCCCCCCCCCGGGCAUUGUUACUAUCUUCAUGAGCCUUGUAACCCAGCCUCAUAACUACCUCCCUUAUAUUCACCCUGUGAGCACACUGUAUCUCCUCCUAUAUUGACCUCAAUUGUCCUGCAUCUGCCCCAAAAGUUACUCCCCCUCCUCUUCUUCCUCCACUUAGUUUCUCAUAUGUAAAGCCUCCACCUCGUCUUAAAGCAAAAGCCCAGAGCCCCCAAAAUGUAUCAAUUGUACCAAAAGAAAAACAGCAGGCACAGAAAUGUGAAUUUGUGUGGUUUUAAUAAAGCCAAGUAUCAAUUAGUGAUAAUCCACAUUUUUAGAUGGAUGCAGUUGUCGGGUUUUUAAGGAUUGACACUCUUUGUCAAAUUGAAAUCCAAUGAGGCAGCAAACAGAAGUGUUAUUUCGGCUUCAAGAUUGUAGUGGAUGUCCAAAGAGUUUCAUAUUUUAUGACGAAAUUGAAACUAAUAGGAAGUCGAAAUUACAACUUUAUUGUCUGGGCUUUUUUGGCUGCUACCCUAAAAUAUUUUGCAUCCAAUCACGUCUAUUUAGAGUCUUGAUUAAAGAAGACGCUUGCUCGUUUUAUACCCUGAUAAAAAUGUAAAAAAAACCCAUGAGGAUAUAAAUGAUUAUUUUGCGAGGAAAUAUCUGGUGCCUGAUGUAAAUUAAAGAGUUGUAGUUAAGCCAGGGGAAGGGGCGGUGCUUAAUGUGUGGAGGGUCUCUCAUCUGACUGGCUGUUGAUCAGGCGGUUCGUUGUAAAGCAGGUGAACAGUGAUGUCCUCAUUACGCGUUCAGGGAUCAUUGUAAAAGACAUUCUGAAGCCCAUCCUCUUUGUUCAGUAUGGAAAUUCAUGCAUUGAUCUCCAUUUGUGUGGAUUAAAUAUUAAACAUAUGUGUGCUGAAAAAGA